GCAAUCACAUACUACGUAGUUGCCAGGUAGGAAGUGAGUCAGGUAGUACGAAUUGACAACAUUCACGGGGGAUCUUCAAUCCCAAUGGGUCCUUCCAAACAACUUCGAUAACAAGCCUUUUACAAGCUUUUGUGGCUUGCAGUAGGCUGGGUCCCGUGUUGUUUCCAAUCAAACUGAGGACCGGGGUUCCAUACAAGCCCUUACAACUUUUCUUCCAGGAAGUCUCCUAGUCCCUACCAAAACUUGUCUGCCUGUUAAGGUUCUGGGGUCAGGUAUGCCCCUGUUUACAGUUACCUAGGCACGUAGGAGGCAGGUACGUUGCUCGUACCCCCAAGCCCCAGGAACACAAGGGCAAUCGGCAAUCACGAUAGACAUUAGACGAUUGGAUGGAAGGUAGGAUGGGAUAUGCAUUGGGCUGCCUCCCAUAGUGAUCCUGCCGUUAUAUCCGCCGAAUAGAUAAAGAGAUCACUCCCCCCUCCCCAACUUCGAUGAAAUAGAAGAAGUCCUCACCGCUCUUGUCUUCUACUCGUAUUUCUCUCUCGCCAUAGUCGCCCAUUUCAGACUCUUGUCAAAGUCAUUCUCUUCGUAACCCAAACGAAAACAAUCUCUCAAACUCAUCAAAAUGCCUGCCCCCCAAGAGCCCCAGCAGCAAGCUCCCAUGGAGAUGACCUCCAACACCGGCAUCGUUACUCAGCAGCCUUCCGCUGAACCCCAACCGGAUAUGGGCAACCUCCGUGGUGGUGAGGAGGCCGGCUGUGAGAUCUGCUGUGGUCUCUGCGCCUGCGACGAGGGCUGCUGCUAAAUGCAGUCGACCAUUGACGACAUCCCCAUUGCUAUCGCUUUGAAAUUGUCCGCA